AUGGGUAGGUAUGAGACACUUCUGAAUCUGUUCUACUUACCAACCAACACAAAUCACAGGGAAGCCACACAAUGUGUGUGUGUAACCGAUUGUUAUUUAUAGUAAAUGUACUGGAUUUACCAUUUGCUUCACCUAUAACGACAUAUCGCUAAUUAUGUACAUAAAUUAAUGUUAAAUAACGUUGAAUUACCUUAACUGUGGUAUAUCGUCGUCCUUUUGCCUCAAAAGCGGUUUUUUGAGCGAUUUUGAAUGUGAAUACGAUGUAAUUAAACAAUAAACGCUUACCGAGUCUUCUUUAAAUCAGUUAUGAUUUAACCAUUUGGUUAACGUCAUCAAAUCAAAAAGAGGCAAUCAGCAGGACGGUUUUUUGGCUGGCACGUAUGAAUCUUGCUACACAUUUUGACCGUUCAAAAACUGUGGGAUUUUAAUUCUCUUCGAGGGCUAGCUCCGGACUUUUUAGAUGGAUUUUCGAUCGGAAGACACGAGGAAAAGAGUGAUUCUUUCGGCCUUUUUGCCGCGAGGUUUGAAAGCGAAGCCAUGCGAUUUUCUGAGGGAAAAUCGCUCCCGCGGUGGAGCCCUUUCAAAACAAGGAUUCCUCCCUUGUCCUUUUAUUGUUAUGAACAAAAAACGGCGAUCUCAAAAUCCUUCAAAAUCGCUCAAAAAACCGCUUUGGGGGCAAAAGGACAACGAUAUACCACAGGUAAGGUACUUCAACGUUAAUUUAACAUUGAUUUCUAUCCGUACUAAGCGAUAUAUUGUUAUAGGUGAAGCAAAAGGUAAAUCCUGUACAGUUACUAUAAAGUAACAAUCGGUUACACACACACACACAUUGCGUGGGCUGCCUGUGCACAAAUUUACAAAGCACGGUGGGGCCAAACCUGGCCUGUGAGAGCAUCAGUUUUUUUCGGCUCUAGUUUCUAGUUUCACCCGCCCAAAAAAACCGUCUUCUUUCCGUGUCGUCAGCUGUUAGUGACCAAUCACAAUUCACCUUGCAUAUUCGAGAAAGUAACGCGCGAGUUUUUGAGUGGAUCUCGCGCAAACGCGUGGGAAAAUAUAGCGGAAGACGCGUUGAGGAAAGGAUGGGAAGUUUUGUGGUUUGAAAGACUCAACAUGCAUCAAGAGGAAGCCUUGCGACUUGUUGUUGAAUCAAAGAGCGAUGUUUUUGUGAAUUUUCCAACUGGUUUCGGGACAUCUGUAGUAUUUCAGGCUUUGCCUAUUUUGUAUUCUUAUGUGGAACCAACUCGUGAAAAGAACAUUGUGGGUGAAACUAGCAACUAGAGCCAAAAAAACCGGAUGCUCUCUUAGGUAGCCUUUGUACAGCCGCCCUUUUUCUAGCCUGAGAACCGCAGACGUAUUUUUUUUCCUCAGAACGACGCGUUUACGGAACGUGGGACUGAUUGAUGAAAUAAGUACCAAGAGGGUUCAUAUUGAAAAAACGAUUAGAGGAAAUGUUUUACCUGUUUGCCUGCGGAGUCAAUGACUUAUCACACCUUGUUGUUUUGAUCAUAUUCGAAAUGAUAAAUGUCCUAGUGACAGUAGACGCUUUAUGCCGUUUGUUGCUUCUGUUCCUUUCUGGUUCCUCACAGGGAAGUACGCUUUGGAGAACUCUUCCGAUAGUUUGUCGUGUACCGCUUUUGAUCAUAUUUUUCAGUAUCAUUUAUCCUGUGGUAAUUGAUUUCUAGUGUGUGGUUGCUUCUUGGUUCAGACAGAACUUUGACCGGAUCGAAAACAUUGUACAUUUGUUCUUAUAUUUCUUUAAAUAUAUGUUCUUUUCAAGGUUUUAAUUUCCAUAGUUCUUUUAUAAGAUGAGUCGAAGCGUCGUAGCUGAAAUGUCAUCUUGAGUAUGAUCACGCUGGGUCUGGCUCAGGUUUAUAAUAUUUCAGAUCAUUGUUUUCUGGCGAUACUUGUAGGAUUGUGAAUUACUCACGAACGAUUGUCAGAGAUUUCUGAAUCAGUCAAGGAUUUGUCUGUACAAUCGAUUCACCACCUGUUGUCGGCGCUGGUUAAAAUGAAAUAAAUCGCGGGUUUGAGCGCUAUGUCCUUUCGCUGUAGGGAUUAUUUUGUCCAGGUUAUGUUUAUGUCACGUUCUACCGUAUUUUUUAAAGCGAAACCUUAAGAAGCCGUUGCUUCACAAAGAAGCCAGCAUUCAACGUCGCAGGAAACCUUGUUAUAGUCGCGAAAUUCACGUUCCAAAGCGUAUUUAGUAACUCUCGCCAAAAUCCAAGACACACUAGCGCGCGAGUUCGCGAAGAGUCACUCGAGCUGCAUUCUAAACCAUUGAUCUGAUUGGCGAACAUCAAAACAAAAGGUUUUACGUCACGGAAAUAGUUUUGUCGCUCAUGUUUGCAGACGUUAUUUUUCGGAGGUUUAGUUACACAUAACACAUCUUUACUGUCGAAAGCUAAAGGAAAAAGAAAUUUGACAAAAAAAAAUUACUAACUGCGAAAAAACCUGGAAAACAGUUUUGUGACGUCAUAAAAUGUCACGUGAUAUUUUUUUGCUUGCUUAAAUUAGUGUUUAUGAGUCAAAAAAGGAAAAUCAAAGUUUGUGUUACUGAAAAACCAGCUUAUUUAGCAAAAAACUGUGAAAAAAAUAUCAUAGGGAUCGUUUUUUAAACGAAAAGUAUAUGGUUCCGGGGAAUUCACUUAAAUUUCUUUCAAGUCCUAUACCUCGGGUAUUACGUGUCGUAGCGAGAAACGGUUUUCGCUGUUUUACUCCCCUUCUAAAGCUCUUUGAGAUGAUAUAAUUUUGAUUUUAAAGUUAAAAAAUGCUUUUAACCCAUUUUGGCGACGUCAGUCGUUGUGACGUCACAAUUUGACCUUUUGAGUCAAACAAAAACUUAAAAUUAUUUGAUCAACAAUCGAAAUCUAUAUGGCAACUUUGGUCGAGAAAUGAAAAGAAAUGUAAAAGAUAAGUAAAUUUAGCCCUAAUGAUACAUUUAAGGCGUGGUUUGGCCUCACCGUGAAGAUAUCUCGACGUUGGAAACUUCAAAAAAGUUGAAUUUGCUAUAAAUUUAUUUCAAAAGUGAUUUGAUCAAAACGUUAAACGCUAAAAGAUUUUUAAAAUACAUUUAAAAAACAUUUAAAAAAGUGAACGACCUUUCGGCGUUACGUUACGCCAUUAUCAAGUUGAAAAGUGAAAAAGUCACUUGCUUAGUCUACAUCUCGUAGACUAAGCAAUCAAACUUGCUAGUGGAAUCGACCAAUGUUUUCGGAUAGCGCAGCUUUGAAACAUGGUGCGUAACUUGUUGCAUUCUUUUGCAAAACCUUCUUUGGUGGAAGAUAGACGGCACGCACGGUUAACCAUCGUGUUGACUAGGCCUUUCUUGUAUCUGCUGUCGACGUGGCUUUGGAAAUGGAGUGGCAGUCCGGUGUCGGAUGGUUUUCUGUAGACUUCUGUUGUUAGAGUGCCACCACAUCUUGUCAAAACUGUACCGAGGAACGGAAUAGAGCCGUCAUAUUCAAGCGACUGAAAGUUUCAAAGUUAUGAGGAAAUGUAACAGCAAGUUUGAUUGCUUAGUCUACGAGAUGUUAUACAUAAAGGACAUCAAACCUUCUCUUAACACGCAAGCCGACUCCGUUCGCGCCAAACUAUUUACGUGACACUUUCGUACAUUUUUGUCUCUUAUUGUGUUCCUUACCUUGGGAAUUAUACCCAUUGGACCCGCAAAUAUGUUAUGUAUUGUUUCAAAUUUUAUAUAUUCGUUUUACACCUUAUACGUUUUCCUGACGUUUUUACUUUUCAUCUUGAUAAUGGCGUAACGUAGCGCCGAAACGUCGUUCACUUUUUUAAAUGUUUUUUAAAUGUAUUUUAAAAAUCUUUUAGCGUUUAACUUUUUGAUCAAAUUAUAAAUUUAUUGGAGACACUAUAGAGUGGGCAAGUCAGUAAUGGGAAAUAAUGUGACAUUGAACACCGUUGUUCCUGAAUAAUUUGCUUUGCCUCGCUAAAUUUUUUGUUUUUGCUGCUUUUUGAAGCAAGGACGAACUCACCAAUGAUUCAGUUUCAAUUUUUGUUUAGUCAAUAGUGCAUGCUAAAAAAGCGCAGCAAUUCCUCAAGCGAUAUAUCAUAAUAACCUAUUUGGUUAAGUUCUAUCCAUCAAUGGUGGGAUAUAGCUGUUGCCCGUUUAUUCCAGUCUAUAUGGUUUUUCGCUAGUCUGGUCCAAGUCGAACCUCCAGUCGCUUCAACAUGAGGUGGCUUACUGCGCUUUUCACAAAUGUGCGAAUUCUGAAGUUUAAAAGCCAACUGACGAUUGUGUUUUUCGCCGUCGUCAAUCAUCUUAGCGGACCUCUUAGGAAACAAAACUUUACUUAAACGGGUUCAAAAGGUCAUGAUUUGUGAUUUGUGAUUGGUGGAUUUCGAUCCGUUUUGUGUGUUUCCAUGUUUCAAGGUUCGUUGCUUGUGAUCGUAAUUAUGAUUGACGGCAGCGAAAAACGCAAUUGUGAAGGCGGCUUUUGAACUUUAGAGUUCACAUUUUUGCUAAAAAGCGCAGUAAGCAACGACGACGGCGACGCCAGCGAGAACGGCAAAAGAAAAGCGAUAGGUUUAGAUUGGCAAAACAACAACCCUGCACGUGCAUCACGCUUUUUUUGUACAUUUCGUUGCCGUCACUGCACGUUUACGCCGUGAAAAUGCCUAUUUUCACGUUUUGUGGAGAACGUGAACAUUGAUUCAUUCUUUCAGAAAAAAAAAUUGUCAACAUUUGAUAACCUGAACACGACGAAAUAUGCGCGAUAAUGUUUGAAGAAGUGCGACUUCACUUUUUAAGUGACGUUUUCGCAGGCGUCGCCGUCGUUGUUGCUUAAGCUCUCUAAUAGCAUCACGUCAGCGUCUCAACGACGCCUUUUAGUAUUUUGACGAUCCAGCUUUUAUAUUUAUUGUAUUAAGCGGACUCCGAUGAUGAGGAUUUUGACUUGAUUCAACCAUCGCUUAUCCAGCAAUUAAGAAAAAUCUUAGAUGAAUACCCAGACGACGGACAGGUCUUGAAGGUAAAGUAAACCUUUUUUGCCAAUAGCAAAUAACAAAUGAAUAUUAUUAUGAAAAAAAAACCCCGUAAUCUUAGAGCGAAGUUGAAGUGUAAGGAACUAUUCUCAUUAACAGCAAGCUUUGAGAGACUGGGGCUCAAGUUCAUUAAAAAUUUUUGCGCUUCUAAAAAGAAAGGUCCUUCUCCCUGCCUCCCUCUCAGGCGCUUCGUUUUCACGCAGAGGCGAGCGCGAUAUACGAGGGACUGGCGACGAAGCGCAAGGGUCCAUAUGGGAAGGAGAAAGCACAGUUGAGAGACCUCUGGGUACGAGGCAGUCCUUCUCCCAUAAUUUAAUCCAGACAGAUCUAUUAAAUUGACGCUGUAUUCUAUCCGUGUCAUGUUGUAGUUCACAAUUGCUCCAAACGAUGUCACAAUAAUCAAAUAAUGGAAGAUAAUGUUUACUUUUUUCUUAGAGUAGUAAUCUUUAUACUGUUUACGGUUCCUCAAUAAUACCCACGCAUUGCUCGGUAGACUAGUUGUGAUGUCUUUUGUUUUUCAUUUUCAAGGAACUUAUUCAAAAUGCGGAAGAUGCGGAUGCUACACAAGUCAAAUUCCUGCACGACAAACACAGCUAUGGAACAGAUAAGCUCUAUAAUGAGGAACUGGCAAAAUUUCAGGUAUCGCCUUCUCAGUUCGUUUUCAUCUUAAACAUGACCAAAGUGAGUUUCGUAGAUAGUCUAUCACAAUGACUUUCCAAUCCACCCUGCUUGUCCUUUUUUUCAAGACAGCCCCCUAAAUCACUACCGGUCUUCUCUAACUUUCCGACCUUCUUGCCUCAAACAAAUUGCUCUUUUUUAAUGUAGUCAUUCUCACUUCCUUUAUAUGAGUAAAUGGCCUGACAAACUCAACAUCCCACGUCCAACCGCACCCACAACUCAUGCCGAUGCCGUCAUAAGCUUUUGAUAAAGUUGCUAAAUAAAGCUAUAUAGCUCGGUGGUCACUCUGUUGAUGGCCACUUGACCAUAGCGGGGGCUCUUGCUCUAGUCCUGGCAGAUAUAUUCAUUCUUGUUUCAAGGUCUUAUAAACGGCCUUCUUCCCUACGGCCCUCUGUGUCUGAUCUCAAGAUGAGCCUUUUGAAAAGGUUCGACUAUAAUUGAGACGUCAUAUCAAAGGUAUACAAAAAAAAUAUGAGUUAAGCAACUUAUAUCUUGGUUGUGAGGUGUCAGAUCCUCGCCAGGUAGCUUAUGGUGUACCUCAAGGGUCGAUCUUGGGACCAGCCCUUUUUAAUAUAUACAUCAACGAUCUUCCAGCUGUCCCUAACCUGUGCUCACUAAAGAGUUACGUGGAUGAUUCCCAGCUCUAUCUCUCGUUUCCUGUCCAGGAGACAGCCAUGGCUGUGGAACAUUUAUCCGAAGAUUUGCAACGGAUUGCCGCCUGGUGUUGCACACACAGCUUGCUGAUAAAUCCAGAUAAGACUAAGUUAUUGCUUCUUGGAACCCCGCAGAUGUUAGCUAGUGUGCCGGAGGGUUUUGGAGUUACGCUACUCGGUAAGGAGAUUCUACCGUCUCGUUCUGCAAAAGAUUUGGGGGUCAUCGUGGACUCGCGCCUUAGUUUUGACGAACAUGUGACCGAUGUUGUAUCUAAGUGUACAGGUAGCCUGUGCCAAAUCAAUCGUGUGAAACAUUUGUUUGAUAGGUCUACGCUCAUAACCAUCAUAAAUUCAUUAGUGUUCAGCAAGAUUUUCUAUUGUUCCUCCAUGUGGUCUAGUACAACAAAAAAGAACAUUGCUAGGCUUCAAAAAGUUCAGAAUUUUGCGGCACGGAUUGUGACUGGCACAAGAAAGUAUGAGCACAUCACGCCGAUGUUAAAGGAACUCCACUGGUUGCCGGUUGCUAAGCAACUGGAGGUUAGAGACAUUUUAAUGGCUUUCAAAUGUAUAAAGGGAUUAGCCCCACCAUCCUUGUGUAAUAAGUUUUCGACAAGAAGGCAGAUGCAUACUAGAAAUACUAGGAAUAAAGAUAAACUUCAUGUACCAUCUUUUAGAUCAGCAACAGGUCAGCGAUCUUUCUCAUAUAGGGCUGUUCAGCUCUGGAAUGACCUUCCAGAAAGUUUAGCAAACAUAGAGUCAUUUAAUGUUUUUAAGAAUGCGAUUAAAGGACGUGCCCUUGACGAGUUUUUAAGCCAUUGACACUCAAUAGGUGUAAUUAUGCAUAUUUUAUAUUUUUUAAAUAGUAUGGUAAUGUUUUUUCACUUUCAAAUGUUUAUAUUGAAUUUCUAUUGUUCAUAUUAGAUUUUAUUGUAAUUGGUAUGUGAAAACCCAUUUUAAUUGGAUGUACCAAUAAAGUUGAUUUGAUUUGAUUUGAUAUCCCUUUACUUCUAUAUAGGGUCCAGCACUUUAUGCCUGCAACAACUCGAAAUUUACCAAAGAAGAUUGGAGAGGCAUCCGUUUGGUCUGUGAUAGCAUCAAAGUGGAGGAUCCCAUGAAAGUCGGUCGCUUUGGUUUGGGAUUCAAAUCUGUUUUUCACAUGACAGGUAACGCAAAAUACCUUCCAGUUAAGCCAAAGAUAAAAAUUAUUUUUUGGCGUUUUUUUUUUAUCUGUUGCGUUAUCUGCUCCAAAAACGGUACAAAAGCGUGGCGACCAACAAUCUGCCAUGUCAGCGUUGCGCAAAACCACUUAGAUGUCGUCAUCCUGACAACGACAUUACAUUGAGGUGGUAGUUCAUGUGACUUACUCAAGGCUUACAAAAGUCGGUAGGUGGCCUGAAUUGACGCAAAGCUGCUAUGGUUGAAAAAAGGGAAGCUGUAGACUUUACAGGCCUUUGUAUCUAAACUAUUCAAUAUACCGUAUUGAGACCUUAUCAGUAGGAAAAUGUCAUUAAUAGAUAGGUGUCGUCCCAUUACAGUGGUGUCUGUUAUAGAGAGGUGUCAGGAUGGUGAGGUUCGAAAGUGAUGCAUAUUAUUAAAGUUUAGUAAUUUACUUAUACGUACGUGGCUCUUUCUCAACUCAGAUUUGCCAAGCUUGAUCAGUGAUUCGCGGAUUGGCUUUAUUGAUCCUCAUGGCGUUCAUUUUUCGGACAGACGUCGCAUACGAACAGGGAAGUACUGGCGAUUUGACGAAGACCGUGCGACCAUCGAUGCGUUUUCUGACCAAUUCCUUCCUUACAAAGGCAUAUUUAACUGUACGGAUGAAGUUUUCUCCCAGGGAUUCUAUGAUGGAACUCUAUUCCGUUUUCCCUUCAGACAGGAAACCUCGGACCUUUCAGAAACACUGUACAACGCAGAUAAGAUGACGACCUUGUUUGACAGUUUCAAAGCUACGCGUGGGAAAAUAUAGCGGAAGACGCGUUGAGGAAAGGAUGGGAAGUUUUGUGGUUUGAAAGACUCAACAUGCAUCAAGAGGAAGCCUUGCGACUUGUUGUUGAAUCAAAGAGCGAUGUUUUUGUGAAUCUUCCAACUGGUUUGGGGACGCCUGUAGUAUUUCAGGCUUUGCCUACUUUGUAGUCUUAUGUGGAACCAACUCGUGAAAAGAACAUUGUGGGUGAAACUAGCAACUAGAGCCAAAAAAACCGGAUGCUCUCUUAGGUAGCCUUUCUACAGCCGCCCUUUUUCUAGCCUGGGAACCGCAGACGUUUUUUUUUCCUCAGAACGACGCGUUUACGGAACGUGGGACUGAUUGAUAAAAUAAGUACCAAGAGGGUUCAUAUUGAAAAAACGAUUAGAGGAAAUUUUUUACCUGUUUGCCUACGGAGUCAAUGAUUUAUCACACCUUGUUGUUUUGAUCAUAUUCGAAAUGAUUAGACGCUUUAUGCCGUUUGUUGCUUCUGUUCCUUUCCGGCUGGUUCCUCACAGGAAAGUAUGCUUUGGAGAACUCUUCCGAUAGUUUGUCGUGUGCCGCUUUAGAUAUUUUUUAGUAUCAUUUAUCCUGUGGUAAUUGAUUUCUAGUGUGUGGUUGCUUCUUGGUUCAGACAGAACUUUGACCGGAUCGAAAACAUUUUACGUUUGUUCUUAUAUUUCUUUAAAUAUAUGUUCUUUUCAAGGUUUAAUUUCCAUAGUUCUUUUAUAAGAUGAGUCGAAGCGUCGUAGCUGAAAUGUCAUCUUGAGUAUGAUCAGGCUGGGUCUAGCUCAGGUUUAUAAUAUUUCAGGUCAUUGUUUUUUGGCGAUACUUGUAGGAUUGUGAAUUACUCACGAACGAUUGUCAGAGAUUUCUGAAUCAGUCAAGGAUGUGUCUGUACAAUCGAUUCACCACCUGUCGUCGGCGCUGGUUAAAAUGAAAUAAAUCGCGGGUUUGAGCGCUAUGUCCUUUCGCUGUAGGGAUUAUUUUGUCCAGGUUAUGUUUAUGUCACGUUCUACCGCAUUUUUUAAAGCGAAACCUUAAGAAGCCGUUGCUUCACAAAGAAACCAGCAUUCAACGUCGCAGGAAACCUUGUUAUAGUCGCGAAAUUCACGUUCCAAAGCGUAUUUAGUAACUCUCGCCAAAAUCCAAGACACACCAGCGCGCGUGUCGCGAAGAGUCACUCGAGCUGCAUUCUACCCUUUGAUCUAAUUGGCGAACAUCAAAACAAAAGGUUUUACGUCACGGAAAUAGUUUUGUCGCUCAUGUUCGCAGACGUUAUUUUUCGUUUUUUUUACUGUCGAAAGCUAAAGGAAAAAGAAAUUUGACAAAAAAAAUUCCUAACUGGAAAACAGUUUUGUGACGUCAUAAAAUGUCACGUGAUAAUUUUUUUUUGCUUGCUUAAAUUAGUGUUUAUGAGUCAAAAAAGGAAAAUCAAAGUUUGUGUUACUGGAAAACCAGCUUAUUUAGCAAGAAAUUGUGAAAAAAAAUAUCAUGGGGAUCGUUUUUUAAGGAAAAGUAUAUGGUUCUGGGAAAUUCACUUAAAUUUCUUUGAAGUCCCAUACCUCGGGUAUUACGUGUCGUAGCGAGAAACGGUUUUCGCUGUUUUACUCCCCUUCUAAAGCUCUUUCAGAUGAUAUAAUUUUGACUUUGAAAUUAAAAAAUGCUUUUAACCCAUUUUGGCGACGUCAGUCGUUGUGACGUCAUAAUUUGACCUUUUGAGUCAAACAGAAACUUAAAAUUAUUUGGUCAACAAUCGAAAUCUAUCUGGCAAGUUUGGUCGAGAAAUGAAAAGAAAUGUAAAAGAUAAGUAAAUUUAGCCUUAAUGAUACAUUUAAGGGUUGGUUUGGCCCCACCGUGAAGAUAUCUCGACGUUGGAAACUUCAAAAAAGUUGAAUUUACUAUAAAUUUAUUUCAAAAAUGACUUGAUCAAAAGUUAAACGCUAAAAGAUUUUUAAAAAAACAUUUUAAAAACAUUUUAAAAAGUGAACUACGUUUCGGCGCUACGUUUCGCCUGUCUGGUCCAAGUCGAACCUCCAGUCGCUUCAACAUGAGGUGGCUUACUGCGCUUUUCACAAAUGUGCAAAUUCUGAAGUUUAAAAGCCAACUGACGAUUGUGUUUUUCGCCGUCGUCAAUCAUCUUAGCGGACCUCUUAGGAAACAAAUCUUUACUUAAACGGGUUCAAAAGGUCAUGAUUUGUGAUUUGUGAUUGGUGGAUUUCGAUCCGUUUUGUGUGUUUUCAUGUUUCAAGGUUCGUUGCUUGUGAUCGUAAUUAUGAUUGACGGCAGCGAAAAACGCAAUUGUGAAGGCGGCUUUUGAACUUUAGAGUUCACAUGUUUGUUAAAAAGCGCAGUAAGCAACGACGACGGCGACGCCAGCGAGAACGGCAAAAGAAAAGCGAUAGGUUUAGAUUGGCAAAACAACAACCCUGCACGUGCAUCACUCUUUUUUUGUACAUUUCGUUGCCGUCACUGCACGACUACGCCGUGAAAAUGCCUAUUUUCACGUUUUGUGGAGAACGUGAACAUUGAUUCAUUCUUUCAGAAAAAAAAAUUGCCAACAUUUGAUAACCUGAACACGACGAAAUAUGCGCGAUAAUGUUUGAAGAAGUGCGACUUCACUUUUUAAGUGACGUUUUCGCAGGCGUCGCCGUCGUUGUUGCUUAAGCUCUCUAAUAGCAUCACGUCANGAUUGGCAAAACAACAACCCUGCACGUGCAUCACUCUUUUUUUGUACAUUUCGUUGCCGUCACUGCACGACUACGCCGUGAAAAUGCCUAUUUUCACGUUUUGUGGAGAACGUGAACAUUGAUUCAUUCUUUCAGAAAAAAAAAUUGCCAACAUUUGAUAACCUGAACACGACGAAAUAUGCGCGAUAAUGUUUGAAGAAGUGCGACUUCACUUUUUAAGUGACGUUUUCGCAGGCGUCGCCGUCGUUGUUGCUUAAGCUCUCUAAUAGCAUCACGUCAGCGUCUCAACGACGCCUUUUAGUAUUUUGACGAUCCAGCUUUUAUAUUUAUUGUAUUAAGUGAACUCUGAUGAUGAGGAUUUUGACUUGAUUCAACCAUCGCUGAUCCAGCAAUUGAGAAAAAUCUUAGAUGAAUACCCAGACGACGGACAGGUCCUGAAGGUAAAGUAACCUUUUUUGCCAAUAGCAAAUAACAAAUGAACAUUAUUAUGAAAAAAAAAACCGUAAUCUUAGAGCGAAGUUGAAGUGUAAGGAACUAUUUUCAUUAACAGGGCAAGCUUUGAGAGACUGAGGCUCAAGUUCAUUAAAAAUUUUUGCGCUCCUAAAAAGAAAGGUCCUUCUCCCUGCCUCCCUGUCAGGCGCUUCGUUUUCACGCAGAGGCGAGCUCGAUAUACGAUGGACUGGUGACGAAGCGCAAGGGCCCAUAUGGGAAGGAGAAAGCACAGUUGAGAGACCUCUGGGUACGAGGCAGUCCUCCCAAAAUUUAAUCCAGACAGAUCUAUUAAAUUGACGUUGUAGUCUAUCUAUGUCAUGUUGUAGUUCAAUUAUUGCUCCAGACGAUGUCGCAAUCAAAACAUAGGCACGUUAAACGUGCAUGAGCUAUUUUGAAUCCUUCAGUGUAACUUUAAUGCUUCAGUGUAACCUUACCAAGAGUGAUGAAUCUACCUUUUUCGUCUUAAAUGUAGACUGGGUUUUUGUGCGAAAUUGGGUAUUGCCGUAACAUAAAUGAAAACGCGAAACGCUCAGCUUCCUCAAUCCUCAUGCUAUAUAUUCACUUUUCUCUGUCUUUCCCUGUUACAUUUCGUGCAAGUUAAACAAAUUGUUAAAGUAAAAUAAAUAUCUACUCACCAAACGUUGAUUAGAAGGAAAACUCUAAGGUUUCCUCAGAGUCUCUUGAGCCAAAAUGUGACUCAUCGAAUUCGAGUAAUUAAGAAAUACCAGGAUUUUUAUCAUUGUGGUAGAUGGUUGCAUCAUCACAAUUCACGAGGUUUUCACGUGUGAUUCUACUCAGUGAAACAAACAGUCUUUAACUCCGACAACUUAUUUCUUCAUGUUUUAAAAGCUGUUGCUUCUUAAAAGAUAAGAGCCUUUUUUAAGACAUUGGUUACAAAAGAAACAGGUCUUCAUACGUUCAAGUUACUAUUGUUAUUGUGAAAAGCCAAUCUGUAUGAGAUGUACAGUCACACAACUGGCACGUGAAAGUGUUGGACUUUGCCCCCUUUCGUUGUUCGUGCGUGAGGCAAUUCGAGUUAUCACACAGUAAUCUAGUAAACAGAAUUCUAAAAAUAACUCAUGCACACAAUUUGCACGUGAAGAUGUUGGUCUUUGGCUCUUUUACAAUUCGUACGUAAAAAAAACGCCAAUUGUUUACUACAAAAUUUUCUCAAACGAUUUUAAGAAAUCACCUCGGUUUCAUUAUAACAUCGCCAAUUAAAUUAUGUUUCAUGCAACGUCAAGGUUGAUAGCGUAACAUUUAUUAACUUCCAAGAAAAUUAUCAAACUGCAGAAAUAUAUUUCUGCUCAUAUCACGUUACUCCACUCAGUAAAACAGUGUCUAAUUAUUGUGUCAACUAGCUUCUUCCAAUUUCAUUCCCUAACGCUACUGUUUCUACUUAAGUUACGCAUCCUUACUAAAUAAUAUACGUUUCAAUAACUAUAAUGCUUAGUAUGCUGGAAGGAUGUAUCAUGUUGUUCACUUAUUAUUCUUUUUUUUUUGCCGGAACGAAAAAGGUCUGUUGAACUUUGUAAGCGAGAGAAUAAUAUUUUUAAAGCUUGUUUACAGGAUUAACAAUACUCGGUACAGCUUUCAAAAAUAAGCUGCCUUUUAAACUUGUAAAACCAUAUUUAAUAGGCCGCAUACUUUCGAAUUAAAGUCCAUAUCUAAAUAUCAAUUAUUGCUUCACCGGAAGAGCUUUGAAAAUAUACGAUCUUUUAUACUCUACCUUAAAGCAGGUGAAACACAACUCGUAAAUACGUGCGUCAGUACCGUUAGCGAUAGCCGAAUUCGGUUAGAAAUGUCUUGAAGUAGCAUCCACACUAAAAUAUGAACCCUAAACAGCUGCAUCACUGUACACAGCGUUUGAAUCAUGAAGAUAUUUAAUAUAAUGUUUCCAAACACCUGUAGCCGUAAUAAAAGAUGAAAAAAUUGUGAAGAAUCAAGAUGGCGGUCUCAAAGUGCUCUUGUUUGACCUUAAGCAAUGUCAUGUUUAAGUAGAUGUCAAGAUCUCAUUGGUUCCCAAGCAUUAACUCAUAGUACCUUCAACCUUAUUGGCUCUUGCAACAAACAUCCGAACAUACAAAGAUACAAAGAUACAAAGAUACAAAGCCACAAAGAUACAUACGCUCACACCAUUGACAUAUGAGCUAUUUUUUCAAAAUAGCUCAAUGAUGGAAGAUAAUGUUCACUUUGUUCUUAGAGUAAUAAUCUUUAUACUGUUUACAGUUCCUCAAUAAUACCCACGCAUUUCAUCUGUUGACGAGUUGUGGUGUCUUGUUUUUCAUUUUCAAGGAACUUAUUCAAAAUGCGGAAGAUGCGGGUGCCACUAAAGUGAAAUUCCUGCACGACAAACACAGCUAUGGAACAGAUAAGCUCUAUAACGAGGAACUGGCAAAAUAUCAGGUACUACCUUCUCAGUUCGUUCUCAUCUUGAACAUGACCAAAGUGCCUAGACAUGAGUUUCGUAGAUAGUCUAUCACGAUGACUGUCCAAUCCACCCUGCUAGUCCCUUUUUUCAAGACAGCCGCUCAAGUCGUCACCCGCCUUCUCUAACUUUCCGACCUUCUGGCCUCAAACAAAUUGUUGUUUUUUAAUGUAGUCAUUCUCACUCCCUCUCCUGAGUAAAUGGCCUGGCAAACUCAAAAUCCUACGCCCUACCGCACCCACAACUCAUGCCGAUGCCGUCGUAAGCUUUUGAUAAAGUUGCUAAAUAAAGCUAUAUAGCUCAGUGGUCACUCUUUUGAUGGCCACUUCACCGUAGCGGAGGCUCUUGCUCUUGUCCCGGCAGACAUAUUCAUCCUUGUUUCAAGGUCUUUUAAACGGCCUCCUUCCCUACGGCCCCCUGUGUCUGUUCUCAAGAUGAGCCUUUUGAAGAGGUUCCACUAUAUUUGAGACGUCAUAUCAAAGGCAUCCAAAAAAAUAUAAGAGUUAAGGAACUUAUAUCCCUUUAAUUCUAUAUAGGGUCCAGCACUUUAUGCCUUCAACAACUCGAAAUUUACCAAAGAAGAUUGGAGAGGCAUUCGUUUGGUCUGUGAUAGUAUCAAAGUGGAGGAUCCCAUGAAAGUCGGUCGCUUUGGUUUGGGAUUUAAAUCUGUUUUUCACAUGACAGGUAAAACAAAAUACCUUCCAAGUAAGCCAAAGACAAAAAUUGAUUUUUGGCGUUUUUUUUUUAUCAGUUGCGUUAUCUGCUCCAAAAAAGGUACAAAAGCGUGGCGACCAACAAUCUUCCAUGUCAUCGUUGCGCGAAACCACUUAGAUGUCGUCAUCGCAACGACAUUACAUUGAAGUAGUAGUUCAUACGACUUACUCAAGGCUUACAAAAGUCGGUAGGUGCCCUGAAUUGACGGAAAGCUGCUAUGGUUGAAAAGGGUAGCUGUAACCAGACUUUACAGGCCCUUGUAUCUAAACUAUUAAAUAUACCGUAUUGAAACUUUAUCAAUAAGAAAAUGUCUGUAAUAGACAGGUGUCGUCCACAUUACAGUGGUGUCUGUAAUAGAGAGGUGUGAGUAUGGUGAGGCUCGAAAGUGAUGCAUAUUAUUUAAAUUUAGUAAUUUACUUAUACGUACGUGGCUCUCUCUCAACUCAGAUUUGCCAAGCUUGAUCAGUGAUUCGUGGAUUGGCUUUAUUGAUCCUCAUGGUGUUCAUUUUUCGGAUAGGCGUCGCAUACGAACAGGGAAGUACUGGCGAUUUGACGAAGACCGUGCGUCCAUCGAUGUGUUUUCUGACCAAUUCCUUCCUUAUAAAGGCAUAUUUAACUGCACAGAUGAAGUUUUCUCCCAGGGAUACUAUGAUGGAACUCUAUUCCGUUUUCCCUUCAGACAGGAAACCUCGGACCUUUCAGAAACACUGUACAACGCAGAUAAGAUGACGACCUUGUUUGACAGUUUCAAAGCCGAUGCUCCCUUGAUACUCCUGUUUUUGCAGAGUCUGGAAUCUGUUGAGCUUUAUACCGGAGAGGAAUCAGAGUCCAACCCCAGAAGAAUCUUUCAAGUGAAGAUUGCGGAGAAAUGCCUCACAACAGUUCGUGGGAAGAGAAAGGAGUUUCUGGAAAAAAUAACACCUGGUAAAGUGAUGCCCAAACCAGUCACAGUGAGUUACCCAAUAACCAUUGAAACAAUAAACUUCGAGACGCACUAG